AUGUGCUCGACUCCCCCGUCGCCUGCAACACCUGUGGGUGUGGAGACAGCUGAGUGGCUGGAGCCCAAGACGGAGGCGGACGAGGACGGCGGCGAUGGCUUCUACGAGGACACUUGGCCGAUGGAGACCGAGUGGCCGGAAGGGGAGCAGGCUUGGGAUGGUGAGCAUGGCGACGGCACCAGCUUCACGAAGUCAGAGUGGAAUCGCAAAUGGGACUCUGCGUGGUACAGUGCCAGCCAGGUGAACUAUGCCAGCCACGAGAACUACUACAAGUAUGAGGACGACCAGGUGCACAAUGGCGGGAACAAGUGGCAUGGGAAGAAGGUCGCGAAGGAUGCGGCAUGGAGCAAGCCCUGGGUGGACCGCCGGUCGCAGAGCACAUCCUCGGGCUCUUCGGGACGAAAGGGUACCUAUGUGCGAGGCGGCUAUGUCAGCCCAGAGGGCAAGUUCUUCAC